GGGGGCGUGGGUCAUUCAACAAGCUAGGAGACAACAAUGACUGGAGAGUCUCCGGGAGAGAUCCCGUCUGCGUCAGGAAGACUCUCCGCCCCGGAUCGUGGAACAUCCCUCCGACCUGAUUGUGUCCAAGGGGGAGCCGGCCACCCUCAACUGCAAGGCGGAGGGCCGCCCCGCUCCCACCGUGGAGUGGUACAAGGAUGGCGAGCGGGUGGAGACGGACCGCGACAACCCUCGAUCCCAACGCAUGCUCCUUCCAAGCGGCUCCCUCUUCUUCCUGCGCAUCGUCCACGGACGCCGCUCCAAACCGGACGAGGGCUCGUACGUCUGCGUUGCCCGCAACUACCUGGGAGAAGCCGUGAGCCACAACGCAUCGCUGGAAGUAGCCUUGCUCCUGAUGACUUCAGACAGAACCCGGCGGACGUGAUGGUGGCAGCGGGUGAGCCGGCUGUCCUGGAGUGCAUGCCGCCUCGCGGACAUCCCGAGCCAAGCAUCUCGUGGAAGAAGGACAGCGCCAACAUCGACGACCGGGACGAACGAAUCACUAUCCGAGGAGGGAAGCUGAUGAUAACUAAUGCCAGAAAAAGCGAUGCUGGGAAAUAUGUAUGUGUCGGCACCAACAUGGUAGGAGAGAGGGAAAGCGAGAUCGCUGAGCUCACUGUGCUUGAGCGGCCCAGCUUUGUGAAGCGUCCCGGCAGCCAGGUGGUGCUGGUGGACCAGAGCGUGGAGUUCAGGUGUGAGGCCCGAGGUGACCCAGUUCCCACCGUGCGCUGGAGGAAGGAGGACGGAGACCUGCCCAAGGGAAGAUAUGAGAUCCGCGAGGACCACACUCUGAAGAUCCGUCGUCUGACUUCUGCCGAUGUGGGUUCCUACACCUGUGUGGCUGAGAACAUGGUGGGCAAGGCGGAGGCGUCGGCCUCCCUCACCGUCCACGUCGUGUCUGUGCCCCCGGCAUUCGUGGUUAGGCCUCGGAACCAGGUGGUGGCCGUGGGCAGAACCGUAACCUUCCAAUGCGAGGCCACUGGAAACCCCCAGCCUGCCAUAUUCUGGCAGAGAGAAGGCAGCCAGAACCUGCUGUUCUCCUACCAGCCUCCCCAGCCAUCCAGCCGUGUCUCCGUCUCCCAGACAGGGGACUUGACCAUCACGGACGCCGAGCGCUCGGAUGUGGGCUACUACAGCUGCCAGGCCCUGAACAUCGCCGGCUCCGUCAUCACCAAGGCUCUGCUGGAGGUCACGGAUGUUGUUUCCGAUCGCCCGCCCCCGGUUGUCCGCCAGGGUCCGACCAAUCAGACGGUAGCAGUGGAUGGGACUGUGGUCUUGAGUUGCCUAGCAACUGGAAACCCCGCCCCCACCAUCCUGUGGAGGAAGGAUGGAGUUUUGGUGUCCAGUCACGACUCCCGGGUCAAACAGCUGGAUACCGGGGCCCUUCAGAUCCGCUACGCCAAGCUGGGUGACACGGGUGUGUACACAUGCAUCGCCUCCACGCCCAGCGGUGAGGCGUCGUGGAAGGCCUACCUGGAGGUUCAAGAGUUCGGCGUUCCGGUGCAGCCUGCCAGACCCACCGACCCUAACCUCAUCCCCAGUGCCCCGUCCAAACCCGAGGUCACGGACAUCACCCGCACCUCCGUCUUCAUAUCCUGGAAGCCCAGCCUCACGGGAGCCACGCCCACCUCCUACAUCAUCGAGGCCUUCAGCCACACGUCGGGCAGCAGCUGGCAGACCCUGGCCGAUCACGUGAAGACCGAGUCGUACGUGCUGAAAGGCCUGAAGCCCAACGCUGUGUACCUCUUCGUGGUCCGAGCCGCCAAUGCCUACGGCCUCAGCGACCCCAGCCCCAUCACGGACGCCGUCAAAACGCAAGAAAUCCCCCCCACCAGUCAGGGAGUGGACCACCGUCAGAUCCAGAGGGAGUUGGGGGAGGUCCUCAUCCACCUACACAACCCCACUAUCCUGUCCUCCUCCUCCGUCAGGGUGCAGUGGACGGUGGAGCAGCAGUCGCCAUACAUCCAGGGCUAUAAGGUGAUGUACCGGGCCUCUCCAGAGGGGGCCGCGCAGAGGAGCGACUGGGCUGUGUUCGAGGUGAGGACCCCCGGGGAGGACAGCGCUGUGGUGCCCCAGCUCAGGAAGGGGGUCACCUACGAGUUCAAAAUCCGUCCCUUCUUCAAUGAGUUCCAGGGAACUGACAGUGAGGUCAAGGUAGCCAAGACACUGGAGGAAGCCCCCAGCGCAGCUCCUCGAGGGGUUACCGUCACAGAGAGCGGGGACAAUGGGACCGCCAUCGUGGUCUCCUGGCAACCGCCGCCAGAGGAAGAGCAAAACGGGGUGGUCCAGGAGUACAAGAUCUGGUGUUUAGGGAAUGAGAGCAGGUACCAUAUUAACCGGACGGUGGAUGGCAGUACCUUCUCCGUUCUGAUCCCCAGCUUGGCUGCCGGGAUCCGCUACAGCGUGGAGGUCGCAGCCAGCACCGGGGCCGGCCCAGGGGUCAAGUCUGACGUCACCUUCUUCCAGAUAGACUCGUCUGGUCGCGUGACGGAGGGCGUGGCCGACCCGGAGAACACCCUGUCCCAGCAGAUCAGCGACGUGGUGAAGCAGCCGGCCUUUAUCGCGGGCAUCGGAGCCGCCUGCUGGAUCAUUUUGAUGGUGUUCAGCAUCUGGCUCUACCGACACCGCAAGAAGAGGAGCGGCCUCAGCACCAGCUACGCGGGAAUCCGCAAGGUACCCUCCUUCACCUUCACCCCUACAGUGGCGUACCAGAGAGGAGGAGAGGCUGUCAGCAGUGCUGGAAGGCCUGGUUUGCUGAACAUCGGGGAGUCCCCCACACAGCCCUGGCUGGCAGACACCUGGCCGAACUCCUGCUCCAAUCACAACGACUGCAGCAUGAACUGCUGCACGGCGGGUCAAGGCAACAGUGACAGCAACCUGGCCACAUACAGCCGCCCCGCCGACUGCAUCGCCAACUACAGCAACCAGAUGGAGAGCAAGCAGACCAACCUGAUGGUCCCUGAGGGUGGGCUGUACGGAGAUGUGGACCUCUCCAACAAGAUCAACGAGAUGAAGACCUUCAACAGCCCCAACCUGAAGGACGGGCGCUUCGUCGGCCCGGGGGGACAGCCCACGCCCUAUGCCACCACGCAGCUCAUCCAGUCCUCCAUCCUAGGAAACAACAUCAACACCGAGAGGGACAGAGGGAGCGGAGGAGGAGGCGGGGGGGGAGAGGUGAACGAGAAGCACGGCUGGAAGCCCGCGUCGGCUCAGCACCAGAAGCAACAGGAAAUGAGCUCACAGCUCCACCAGUACAACAUCAUGGAGCAGAACAGGCUGAACAUGGACCACUACAGAGCCGGGGACUGUCCCAUGCCAGCCACCAUCCCCUACAACCAGGCCCACGACGGCCACACCGGUGGGUCUUACAACAGCUCGGACCGGGGAAGCAGCAGCACUUCUGGGAGUCAAGGCCAAAAGAAGGGAGUGCGCACCCCCAAACUGCCCAAACAGAACGCAAUGAACUGGGCCGACCUCCUGCCCCCGCCCCCAGCCAACCCGCCCCCCUGCCACAACACAGAGGAGUACUCCCUGUCCAUGGACGAAAGCUACGACCCAGACAUGCAGUGCCCCCUGCCCCCCUCGUGCAUGUACCUGCAACCGGACGAGCUGGAGGACGAGGAGAUGGAGAGGGGCCCCACUCCGCCCGUGAGGGGGGCUGCUUCGUCUCCUGCCGCGGUCUCCUACAGCCACCAGUCCACGGCCACCCUCACCCCGUCGCCCCAGGAGGAGCUCCAACCCAUGCUGCAGGAGACGCUGGAUAGCUCCGGACAUGAGCGCAGACGCCACGCGGCCAGCCCGCCGCCCCGUCCCCUGUCCCCGACCCACACAUACGGCUACAUCUCCGGCCCUCUGGCCCUGGACAUGGACGGCCCGGAGGAGGAGGAGAUGCCGGAGGAGGAGGGGGACGAGACGGACGCCGAGGUGGCCAAGGUGCACCGUCACCGCCACCACCACACCCACCCCCACCCACACCAGCCCCACCAGAUGCACCCGCGGCGGCUUCUGCUGCGGGGCCUGGAGCAGACCCCGGCCUCCAGCGUGGGGGACCUGGAGAGCUCUGUGACGGGCUCCAUGAUUAACGGCUGGGGUUCGGCCUCCGAGGAGGACAACGCCUCGUCGGGGCGCUCCAGCGCCGUCAGCUCCUCGGACGGCUCCUUCUUCACGGACGCCGACUUCGCCCAGGCCGUGGCGGCCGCCGCCGAGUAUGCCGGCCUCAAGGUGGCCAAGUAUCCCAACCCCGCGCCCUGCCAGGAGGGAGGCCCCGGAGCACGAAAGUACCAAAUGACCCCCUCUGGCCACCGCCCGGGGAGCCCCUUGUCCACAGACAGCAACAUGAGCACGGCCAACAUGCAGAAGAGGCCCCCUAAGAAGCAGAAGCAGCAUCCUGCAGCCGUCCACCCAGGGCCCCAGCGACGUGAGGCCUACCCUGAAGAUCUGCCUCCUCCCCCCAUCCCCCCUCCAGCGGCGCUCAAGUCCCCCACACACCCUUCCAAAACUGCCUUGGAGGGCCGAGGGGUCCUGUCCCCAAAGGCAGGCGAGGGAAGGGAGAGGAGAGGGGGCUCAGGGGGUGGUUACAGGCCACGGGAGGGAUCGGACACCCGUACCAGCUCCUCAGAGCGCCGGGAAGACCAGGACAGGCCGAAGACGUCACGUGGAGGAAAGGGGAGCAAAUACGAGGGGAGCAGCGGCAACAGCAAGGCACGUCAACAUCCAGGACCAGAGGAUAUCCUUCCCUACAGCCGUCCCUCCUUCCCCACGGUCCACACUCCCAGAGACAGGGACCCAAGUUCCUCUAGCUCCAUGUCCUCCCGGGGCUCAGGGGGCCGGCGGAGAGGGGAGGGCGUCUUAGGGGCCCGCAGGAACCCAAACGACAUGAGCCUGAACACCAUGGGGGCCUUCCAGCCAGAAGAUGAGGACUUAGAGAUGGUGGAGAGCUGAAGAUUAAGACCGGUCUGUCCAAAAGGAAUUUUCAAUAAGAGGAACGCUGUGAUCGUUCCUUUUCCCAUUUUAAAUAUCUCAGUAUCGCACCAUCAUGUCUGCUGACAAAUACUGUACGUCAAUCGUGUUUCUAUACAUCUGAAAAACAGACCAGUUGUUUUUCUAAUUUAUCAUUUUCUAUGUCCACUUUCAAGAAGAAAGAAAAAUGGCGGAGGAUAAAAGAGGGUGCGUAAAUACAAAGCAAAAUACCCAGUAGUAUGUUAUGUUUUAUUCCAAUGCAAUAUGGAGUAACGUUGGACUCCAGUUAUUGACACGAUUGACUCAGCUUGCCUUGGCAAAAUCUGUGGGAAGCACUGCCCGUACAGUCUGGAGUUACUGUAAUUCAAUUAGCUACAAGCAGAACGGGUGGACUGUCUUGUAAAUAUACGUGUAUACAUAAUGUCCUGUUGUUUAUGCGCCCAUUGUGGUACUUCAAAUUUGUCUUCCUUGUUUUUUUUGCAAAUUAUAAUUUUAUUAUGCCAGUAAAUAUAAUUAUUUUGUAAUUUUCCAUCCAUGUUGUAAAUUGCUAAUUUAGCUGCCCUGAGAAAGUGCCACUUUGGGAUAUUUUAUUUUGUUUUUUUAUUUUUUGUUUUUAUGCACUGUUAUAUUUUGUUGUUGUCGUCAAUGUUUGUCGUUUGUUUUACUUUGGUUUUAAAAGCACAAUCACUAAACUUUAUUUUAAACCAUUUUAUCUAUUAACCUUUUUGUCUUACCAAGAACUACAGGUAUGACAAAAGAGUCUUGUUAAUCCUGAUGAUGAUGAUGAUGAUGUAUGUAAAGGUGAUAAGCUGGGUACGAUGGGCGUGGUUUAAAAGCAGACUCCAUGUGUUAUGAUUGGCUCAUUUCAGAUUCUAAUGCUAGCUCAAGUGACGACCCUUACACAGACACAGUCAAUGUGGGUCAUAGCAGCAAUGUAAAUGUAUUUUUGAAUUGACCGUAGUUCCAGCCAUUGCACAUUAAUUCAAACAGUUACAUUGUCUACUAACGCACUUAAAAGAAUGUAACACAAAAAAUGGGUGUCACCAUGGGAAUCUGGAGAGGCCGUGAUUGGACAAGGAGUCUUUUUCUCCAAAAAAGGGAUUGAUAAGUUGAUCCUUUCUCUGAGAUGGUGCUGUUGUUUAUUCAUAGGACAUCUGCAAACAUUUGUUUCGUAAAGCAGAAAAAUCUAAAGAACGCAAAAAAAUGAUGAAUAAAAAAUGUUCAAACUA